AUAAAAAAAAAAUAAAAAAAAAAAUACAUAACUAGCGAUCGCCGACUGACUCCGCCCAUGUCCAGUCAUAUGGUCAUGACGUCACCAAAGGUCCUGCAGUCUUACUGUAUCAAAGAGAGCAGACUGACGGCUGCAUGUGAAGAAGAAGUGGGAAGAGUAUUAAGUGAGAAUGAAUUGCCGCUCCGAGGUGCUGGAAGUCUCUGUGGAGGGUCGUCAGGUGGAGGAAGCGAUGCUGGCCGUCCUGCACACUAUACUUCUUCACAGGAGCACGGGAAAGUUCCACUACAAGAAGGAAGGGACCUAUUCUAUUGGCACUGUGGGAACACAAGACAUAGACUGUGACUUCAUAGAAUUUACAUAUGUCAGGGUGUCAUCAGAAGAGCUGGACAGAGCCCUGCGCAAAGCAGUGAAUGAGUUCAAGGAUGCAUUGAGGAAUUCUGGAAGUGAUGGUAUUGGUCAGGUGUCUCUAGAAUUCUAUCAGAAGAAAAAGUCCCGCUGGCCUUUCUCAGAUGAGUGCAUCCCAUGGGAGGUCUGGACCAUCAAAGUUAACAUUGUGUCUCUGGCUACUGAACAGGAGCGGCAAAUCUGCAGGGAAAAAGUCGGAGAGAAACUUGGGGAGAAGAUUAUUAACGUUGUGGAGGUGAUGAACAGACACGAGUAUCUGCCAAAAAUGCCAACACAGUCAGAGGUGGACAAUGUGUUUGAUACAAGCCUUAAGGAUGUGCAGCCCUAUUUGUACAAAAUCUCUUAUCAGAUCACUGACUCUCUAGGGACAUCCGUCACCACUACAAUGCGGAGACUGAUCAAAGACACGUUGGCUUUGUAACCGCACAUACUGCUGCUUUUGUAUUUAGAGAAUGGACUCAAAUCAUUUUAUGCCCAUCAAGUACAACCAUGUCAUAAAUCAGUAUAGUGUCCUAUGUAUAUAUUUCACUGUAAAGUUCUGUAAUUCUUAAAAUAAUAAACACAAUCCUGUACAGAAUAUUGGAUUUCAAUGC